AUGUCCUUCUCCAAUAGCUCCCCUGCUGCAAACCCAUUCCUUGUGGACGCGUUAAUUGGCGCGUACAGGACGGAGACUUUUGGCGCCAACAUGCACAUGUCCCCCGCGUGUGACACGGGAAGCUACGGAAUGCAAACCUGUGGACUCGUGCCUUCUUUCGCCAAAAGACGGGACUUGAACCACCAAAGUGCGCACUCGUAUAUCGCUCAAAUUGACAACUGGGCCGAGACGCCCACUCCGAACUGUACAUACGCACAGGGCAUCAAAGAGGAGGGAAACUGCUGCAUGUUCCCGGAGAAAAGAGUGCAAAAAAGCCCGCAGGAAGUCGUCCACGCAUACCAGUCCCUUGUGUCCGAACAGAACCGAAUCCCAGAGAUUCCAGUCCCGGGAUACUUCAGAUUGAGCCAGCCGUACUGCAACGGUAGACAGGAGGAGAACUACCCGGAUCGCAGCCCGGUUCUGAUCACGCCGCAGCCGCAGCCCACAAGCCAGGACCCGGAUCCUUGCGCAUCCGUGGAGGAGGAGGAGGAGGACGAAGAAGAAGAGGAGGAGAAGUGCGUCGUGGAAGCCGCAGAGUGCAGCCCCGAUGUGCUGGUGCCCCGGGAUGGGAAAGAGAACAAGACUGACGCCCCCAGCGGCAGCUGGUUGACGGCCAAAAGCGGCAGGAAGAAGCGGUGUCCUUACACCAAGCACCAGACCUUGGAGCUGGAGAAGGAGUUCCUCUUCAACAUGUACCUGACCCGCGAGCGCCGCCUGGAAAUCAGCAGGAGUGUCAACCUGAGCGACAGACAGGUCAAAAUCUGGUUCCAGAACCGAAGAAUGAAGCUGAAGAAAAUGAGUCGGGAAUGUCGAGUGCGGGACCUGAACUGCAAUCUGACUUUCUCCUGAACGACUCGCCACAUCGAACGACUCUUCAUCAUCUUGGUGCAUUUGUGUGGCGUUGGACAUUGUUUUUACGUGGCUUGGUGUUGUUGUCAUACGUAUUCUUCUUAAAUUAUUACACACUCAUCGACCACUUUAUUAGGUACCUGACCCAGUGACAUCUAAUUAGGUAAUCCCUCGUUUAUCACGACAGUGAUAAGUGAAAAUUGAAUACUUUCAGAGUUACAGCACCUAUAUAUAAACCAUGGUUGCAACUUUGUAAAAUAUGUUUUUUUUAACAUUAUUAGAGCCCUCUGGAGAUUAAAUAACACCCCUAUAGUCACCUUUACACUCCUAUUAGCCAAAAUAGGGACUCGCUAGUGUCAGGGAAUAUUGAGCCUGUUCAUUCAAACCUGCAAUAAAAGCCUGUUGUUUCGACAAUCACGUUUGGUGCUUGUGUGUCUCACCCGGCAUUACAUGCAUAACAGUGGAAUACUACAUAUC